AGCGAUGAUGCCCCAUUUACCCUUUCUCUUCAGAUGCAGGAAAUUUUCACUCUGUUCCCCAGCUGAUUGGAGCUUUUUCUAGGUGCUUCCCUGGGAGUUACCUCCCUAGAGAUCAGCAGGCAGGGCUGUCACGCUUGGGUAGCAGCCAGCUCCCAGUGAAUUCCUUCUGUGGCCUACUUGUCCUUAUGAAGUCCGAGUUUUAAUUUUGCACAGGUAGGAGGUCUCUUUUGCUAUGGAUAGGGCGGAUAACGGUGCUACCAUUAGAAAACAGGCUUCUGUUUUCUAGGAAGGCAAGAGGAACCCCAGGUAGGGGACCUUGUGAGACCAGGUGACUUGGCUCCUCAGCCUUGCUUCUACAGAAACCAGGAGUGCUUCCCCCCACUCUUCCCUAUUUUUGACGUCAAGCUCAACCAGCCAGCAGAGGAGCCUCACGGCUUGGGCGGUGGAGAGAGAGCCCAGGGAGAGUGGCAGGGAGGGGAAGCCAUCUCAGCAACAGCUUGGAGAGGGAGCUGCUAUCCCUUGCCCGCAAAACACGGACUAAAGCCAGGCUGAAGAAGACCUGCGGGCUCGGGCUCGGGGAUCCGCGGGGUUACUGCAAAGAGGGGCGGGGAAAAGGCGGGGGCGCUGCAUGCAGCGCGCUGGUUCCAGCGGUGCCCGCGGGGAAUGUGACAUCAGCGGCGCCGGGCGCUUGCGGCUGGAGCAGGCAGCUCGCCUCGGUGGCCGCACGGUGCACACCUCGCCCGGGGGAGGACUUGGAGCCCGGCAGGCGGCCGGGAUGUCGGCGAAGGAGAGGCCAAAGGGCAAAGUGAUCAAGGACAGCGUCACCCUCCUGCCCUGUUUUUAUUUCGUUGAGUUGCCUAUAUUGGCAUCAUCAGUGGUUAGCCUCUACUUCUUGGAACUCACAGAUGUCUUCAAACCUGUGCACUCUGGAUUCAGUUGCUAUGAUAGGAGUCUUAGCAUGCCGUACAUUGAGCCAACCCAGGAGGCCAUACCAUUCCUUAUGUUGCUUAGCUUGGCUUUUGCUGGACCUGCAAUUACGAUCAUGGUGGGUGAAGGGAUUCUAUACUGCUGCCUCUCCAAAAGAAGAAACGGAGCUGGAUUGGAGCCUAACAUCAACGCCGGAGGCUGCAACUUCAACUCCUUUCUCAGGAGAGCCGUCAGAUUCGUUGGUGUCCAUGUGUUUGGACUGUGCUCCACAGCUCUCAUUACAGAUAUCAUACAGCUCUCCACAGGAUAUCAGGCACCAUACUUUCUGACUGUGUGCAAGCCAAACUAUACCUCUCUGAAUGUAUCCUGCAAAGAAAACUCCUACAUCGUGGAAGAUAUUUGUUCAGGAUCUGACCUUACAGUCAUCAACAGUGGCAGAAAGUCAUUCCCAUCCCAACAUGCGACCCUCGCUGCCUUUGCCGCUGUGUAUGUGUCCAUGUACUUCAAUUCCACAUUAACCGAUUCCUCUAAGCUCCUGAAACCUCUCUUGGUCUUCACAUUUAUCAUCUGUGGGAUCAUCUGCGGACUAACACGGAUAACUCAAUAUAAGAACCAUCCAGUCGAUGUCUAUUGUGGCUUUUUAAUAGGAGGAGGAAUCGCACUAUAUUUGGGCCUGUAUGCUGUAGGGAAUUUUCUGCCUAGUGAAGACAGUAUGCUUCAGCACAGAGAUGCCCUCAGGUCACUGACAGACCUCAAUCAAGACCCCAGCAGGGUUUUAUCAGCUAAAAAUGGUAGCAGUGGUGAUGGAAUUGCUCACACAGAGGGUAUCCUCAACCGAAACCACAGGGAUGCAAGCUCCUUGACAAAUCUCAAGAGGGCCAACGCUGACGUAGAAAUCAUCACUCCUAGGAGCCCCAUGGGGAAGGAAAGCAUGGUGACCUUCAGCAACACGCUGCCCAGGGCCAACACCCCCUCCGUGGAAGACCCAGUGAGAAGAAAUGCGAGCAUCCAUGCCUCUAUGGAUUCUGCCCGGUCCAAACAGCUCCUUACCCAGUGGAAGAGCAAGAAUGAGAGUCGUAAGAUGUCCCUACAGGUUAUGGACACUGAACCAGAAGGCCAGUCACCACCCAGGUCCAUAGAAAUGAGGUCCAGCUCAGAGCCCUCGAGGGUGGGGGUGAACGGAGAUCACCAUGUCCCGGGCAAUCAGUACCUCAAGAUACAGCCUGGCACAGUCCCCGGGUGCAACAAUAGUAUGCCGGGAGGGCCACGCGUGUCCAUCCAGUCCCGCCCUGGCUCUUCCCAAUUGGUGCACAUCCCCGAGGAGACCCAGGAAAACAUAAGCACCUCGCCCAAGAGCAGUUCUGCGCGAGCCAAGUGGCUGAAAGCAGCUGAGAAGACCGUGGCCUGUAACCGGAGCAACAACCAGCCACGCAUCAUGCAGGUCAUCGCCAUGUCCAAGCAGCAGGGCGUGCUGCAGAGCAGCCCCAAGAAUGCCGAAGGUAGCACUGUCACCUGCACAGGCUCCAUCCGCUACAAAACCCUGACUGACCAUGAGCCCAGCGGCAUCGUGCGAGUGGAGGCUCAUCCCGAGAACAACAGGCCCAUCAUUCAGAUCCCGUCGUCCACUGAGGGUGAAGGCAGCGGCUCCUGGAAGUGGAAAGCUCCGGAGAAAAGUAGUCUGCGCCAAACCUAUGAGCUCAACGACCUCAACAGGGACUCAGAAAGCUGUGAGUCCCUCAAAGACAGCUUUGGUUCUGGAGAUCGCAAAAGAAGCAACAUCGACAGCAAUGAGCACCACCACCACGGCAUCACCACCAUCCGAGUGACCCCGGUGGAGGGCAGCGAGAUAGGCUCAGAGACGCUGUCCGUGUCCUCCUCACGCGACUCCACCCUGCGCAGGAAGGGCAACAUCAUCUUGAUCCCGGAAAGAAGCAACAGCCCUGAAAACACAAGAAACAUCUUCUACAAAGGAACCUCCCCCACGCGGGCUUAUAAGGAUUGAGAGAUGGCGGCCCUUCUUGUCAUCAUUUUGAUGACACCCCCACCUCCCCAUCCCCCACCCUCACCCCAAGACCACUCGUUUAUUGUACCUUGUGCUCUUUUGGGUUUUUUGUUUUGUUUUGUUUGGGGGCCUUUUUUUUUUCCCUAGAAGAUAUGGAGAGCCUUCUUGUCCAACUAGAUUGUUCACCAUCAGCCUGGAACUCUCACUGAACCACCACAGAAAUCGUGGCGAUUUUACACCAAGGGAAAGGAAAAGCACAAAGCAAGACCCGAACUAAACUCAUCAUCAGAACAGUUCUUAAGACACAGGCUUUGCAGAAGGUAGUAUUAAGAUAAAGUGGUUUCCUCCGAUGUAUAGUAUUUAACUUUCUGAAUGUGCCAACUUAAUGGAGUUUUUUUUUUUCAUUAUAAUUAGCUGUGGGAACCCAAAACACAUAGGUUUUCCCAACAGCAGAGGCCAUGCGGUAUUAUAUAUUAUUCAUUUUUGCAGACUCUGCACCAGAAGAGCAGACUGGGUGGUGCUGAUUAUCACAGUGCAUCUACCAUUUAAACUCUCAAACUCUAUGUAGCUGUGAAAUAGUGGUGUGCAACUCCUCGUCAGAGAAAUGCUACUUCAUUCAGAAGACGCCAGUGACUUUGUGUUAGAAUAGACCAUUCUUGGCUUCCCUGUAGUGGCUCUCUCACAGUUGAAAAGAAAAGAAAAGAAAAGAAAAAGAAAAAGAAAGAGAGAGAGAGAAAGAGAGAAAGAAAGAAAGAAAGAAAGAAAGAAAGAAAGAAAGAAAGAAAGAAAGAAAGAAAGAAAGAAAGAAAGAAAGAAUUGGAUGAAUUGGACAGGGCUUUGAGCAUUUCUUUGAAAGAUGCUUUUUUUCAACAUCUGAAAGCUUGUAGGAAUGUUUUCAGUGAAACAGAAUAACUAGUUCUCUGCAUCGUUUUUCUUCUUUUUAUUUAAGUAUUGGUAAUGCUGCUUUCUGGUUUUUUGUUUUUUGUUUUAGUGAGUGCAUUUGCAUAUUUAAAAUACAUUGUUUUAGAGAAUAUUUUGAAAUUAUUAUGAUUACAUUUUCCAUUUUAUGGCUUUACCUUAGUUUAUUAAGUUUUCUGAGGUUACACAUAUUCUUCUAUUUUAAGAAAGCAAAAGUGACAACUUGCAUUCUUUGUGCAAAAUACACUGCUGUGAGGUCCUACACUAGAAAUCUGAGCCAAAGGUUGAAACUGUGCGUGCCAAUGCCAGAUACGCUGGUCAAGGUCAAGAUGUCUCCAAUCCGAUGGCAUAGGUUAUCACAUCAGUAAGUAAUCCCAAAAUUUCAUUUUGUUCCAGAGCAUUUCAUUUUCAUGUUAUCUUGAUAAUCACCAUAUUGGAGCCACAGUGGGGGUGAGUUUGACUCCCUUUCCUGACACACUUUUAACUGCACACCAACAGUAAGAAUCUAGGCAAAUGCUAAUUGAUAAAUAGAUGUGUAUCACAGUAUAAGUUUAGAAAGCAUAUCUUCAAAAUGUCAGACCAGGUAAAGCUUUCGUGCUUAGAGUAUAACCAACAGUUUUGGAUGUCUGUCUUGAAUCUAGAACCUUAAGCCUAAAUCAAAGGAAACCUUACUGUUGAUAGCAAGAAGAUAACAACAUAUUUUUGAAGUGGUUUUCCAAGCUAGCUGUUUAAAGUGUGGAGAAGGAUUUGGUUCUUGAAAUUUGGUAUUAACCUUUUUUCAUGCCAUGUCUUAAGAAUUAUAAUGUACACUCAACGAUUGCCAAGAGAGGGGGAGGGGGAGGAAAACAGCCAACAGCAGAGCUGGUUGGUCUGAACUCAGUGCAGUUUUCAAUGAGAACAACAGCUGUCCAGCAAGGAAUCAUAUCAUCCAUUCUCAGCUUCUACAUUCAAAGGGCAGAGCUUUUUAGAAAACUCAACCUCCUAAGGCAUUAGGAACUGAGCUGAAACCAGCAGAAUUGAAAACUCUGGCAAUAAAAUAUAGACUCAAUCGUAACCCUUCUGGCAAGUUCCUUCUCAGAGAAGGAAGUGGGAGUAAAAUGUGGCCUUCCCCACUUCUUUACAUCACCCCUGUCACAAUGUCCCCGCUGGCCUGGCCAGUUUCGAGAGGGAAGGGUGGACUGGUUUUAGUACUCUGAAGAAAACCCAAGCUGCAGUAUUUGAGGUGCAGUAUAAUAUUUCCUAAUCUUUCCUAUUUCUUAACAAAAAAAGAUUUUAAAGUACUUCUCUACUCAUUGAAUUUUUGUUCUUUACAUACUAUUGAUAUAUUCUUUUUCUACUCAAAAGUGCCAAAGGCUACAGUUUUUAAUGACUUAACAAAUUGUACCACAUUGUUAAGGAAAUAUAAUGAUAGACACUAGAAUUCAGACCUCUGCAUGUAUAUUUGAUAACACAUCUUUUGUAAAAAAUAAAUAAUUACAAAAAAUUUGUUUACAUUCCACAGGUACCUUAAUUUAAAAUAAAUCAGACUAACAGGUGGUAUCUCUUCUUAGUGUUCUAUUUAUCUUAUUUGCUAAUGAGAACAAUUCUUCUUCUGUUAGGCUGUGCUUUAUUGAUAAAACCAAGUAUUGAAUAAAGAGAGUUAAUUAUCUUUUUAAAGUAAAUGAAAUUAUAAAUAUAUAAUAUAUAUAAAGUAUUGUGUUUAAUAAAAUGUUAUGCAAUGUUUUCCAAACUGAUAAAGUUUGUAAAGUGCUAUAAAUGUAUUUUGUUAAGUACAGAUCAAAGCUAUCGUGUGAGUAUAUUGUGCUAACAUCAUAGAAAUAAAGAUUAGAUUUCUUCAUCAAAA